ACGUGUUAACCUUACACAACAGAUCGGUCUUCAGUGAGCCCUGUCCCUCAGAGAGGAACCCGCUAGCGCUCCCCACUUAUUGCCAGUUCAGCUGCGAUCACUGUCCUUGCUGGGAUUCUCGGGAUGAUCGUUACCCAGGUCUGGCUGCCCUCACUCUUUAUCCUCAACAUCUACCUCAAGCUGUGCCACCCCUGGUCAGUGAAUAAUUUCCUCAUGACCGGUCCCAAGGCCUACCUGAUCUACUCUGGCAGUGUGGCAGCUGGUGCCCAGAGUGGCAUUGAAGAAUGCAAGCAUCAAUUUGCUUGGGACCGCUGGAACUGCCCGGAGAGAGCGCUGCAGUUAUCCACACAUAGCGGCCUGCGGAGCGCAAAUCGAGAGGCUGCUUUCGUCCAUGCUAUCAGCUCGGCGGGUGUAAUGUACACACUGACCAGAAACUGCAGUCUGGGCGAUUUUGACAACUGUGGCUGCGAUGAUUCACAGAAUGGGCAACCAGGAGGACAGGGCUGGCUGUGGGGAGGCUGCAGUGACAACGUGGGCUUCGGUGAGACGAUUUCCAAACAGUUUGUCGACGCAUUGGAGACUGGCCAGGACGCCAGAGCCGCCAUGAAUCUGCACAACAACGAGGCCGGCAGGAAGGCAGUCAAAGGCACAAUGAAGCGAACCUGUAAGUGUCACGGCGUAUCUGGGAGCUGUACGACACAGACCUGUUGGCUGCAGCUCCCUGAAUUCCGAGAGGUGGGCAACUACCUGAAGGAGAAGUAUCACACGGCGCUGAAGAUUGACCUGCUGAAAGGAGCAGGCAACAGCGCGGCCAGCAGAGGAGCGAUCGCCGAGACCUUCAGCUCCAUCUCCAAGAAGGAGCUGGUGCACCUGGAGGACUCGCCUGACUACUGCCUGGAGAACAAGACCCUGGGGCUGCAGGGAACGGAAGGCAGGGAGUGCGUGAGGAAGGGGAAGCUGCUCAGCAAGUGGGAGAAGCGAAGCUGCAAGAGGCUGUGCGGGGACUGUGGCCUGGCCGUGGGCGAGAGGCGAGCCCAGAUGAUGAGCAGCUGCAACUGCAAAUUCCACUGGUGUUGCGCCGUCAAGUGUGAACAAUGCCGGAAAACCAUCACCAAAUACUACUGCGUCAGAAAGGACAAGAGAUUCCGGAACGAGAGCGCCUCCAAGAGGAAGGAAGGGAGGCUUGGACUGAGGCACUAAGGCCAUUCUCUCGAACUGACCAGUGACAAUGCAAACAAAGACGAUUAAACAACAGGGCCGACCCUCCUUUGGUCUCAAAUUGGCCGGCGUUAGCAAAGUGAGAAGUAGAUGUUUUUUAAAAAAAGAGGCGCUGUGUUCCCUUUGAGAAGUUGGACAGAUUGCUUUCAGUCAAUAUAACAUUAUUCCUCUCGUUUUUGAAAUGUUGCAAACUAUCACCACCCCUCAGAGACCAGCAACCUGUAAGUAUCACAGUACAGUUACUGCUGAUGUUCUGGGUUUAUGGGAGCCUGCAUUUCAGACCAAGAGUAAAGUGGCAUUUCAAGUGAUCAUCUAAAUACUGGUUGGCAUGGAUGAGUAAGGCCAAAGGGCCUGUUUCAAUGUUGUAUAACUCUGUGACUUGUUAAAUGUUGUGAUGGGUCCUGCCUGUAUCGCUCUUUCAGUCAGGAAGUUCCAGACACUCCCCACGCUCUGGAUGAAAAAAUUCUACAUUAAAUCCCUUAUUGUCCUUCACCUUAAAUCUGUACCCAAGUUUAUUGAUCACUCUACAGAGGGGAAAAGUCCCUUCUUAUCCACCCCAAUUGAUGCCCCAUGUAACUUUGUACACCUCAAUUAGGUCUGCUGCCGGCCUCCUCUGCUCAAAGGAAAAUAACUUCAGCUUGUCUAAUCCCUGUUCAUAGCUCUUCAGGUUUAUUUCCCUCGUCAAAAGUAUGCACAAAGCCCCCAGAACAUGGCAAAGUGCACUGCUGCCAUUGAAGUGUUCUUCUGGAAAGUCUAACCCUGUUAAAUCAAAAUGCCACCCAGCAGUCCAGGCAAGGGAGCAUGAUUUUUGCCCAAGUCCUCUGCCAGUGCCACCUACUGUGGACAUAGGGCAUAGUAUUGCAGUGGUGAAUGUGAUCCAUCAAGGUCAAAGUGUCUGUUGAAUCUCUCUCCAGCAAUACACCAACUGAAAUUGUGUCAGUCUCGUCAAAUAAAAUAUGUGGGUCCCUCUGAUGUCCCCGAAUGAUAAAGUGGAUCAGAGGAAUUUGCACUCUUCUGUCUUGAAGCAGUAUUUUGGAGGCUGCUGUCUGAAAUCAUUAUGUGCUACAGCAUCACUGGGUGGACAAUGCAUUUUGAGAAUCUCGGAAUUGUCUCAUUGUUCCAGAAUUCACAGAAUGCAGGAAUUAGACUCAGCUGGGCCAGGGAGUGGUACAAUUCUCACAAAAUGCCCAACCGUUAAACUGAUUAGAGUGAUGAAUGUGCCUGUAAUAUCCUGGCAUGUCAUAGGAAUGGAUGAUGCUUCCUGUCACCAAGACACACUGAGGACAUGCCCCCACUACCCAUCAGAUUGAGCUUCCACUCCAGGCAGGGCCCCGAUUCAGAAAGGCAUCUUGCAAGGCAGCAUGAAUGCCAUUCUGAAGAGGUUUCUUCUCUGUUGACCAUUCUGUUUUUAAGUACUGUAUCCCUUUAUGGGAUAGGGACAUUCUUGGCAAUGCCAGUGUUUAAUGCCCAUCCCUAAUUUCUCUUGAACUGAGGGGCUUGCUAUGCCAUUUCAGAGGGCACUCAAAAGUCAGCCACAUGGCUGUGGGUCUGCAAUCACAUGUAGGCCGGACUGAGUAAGGACGACAGAUUUCUUUUGUUUAGUCAACUAGAAGGGGUUUUCACAGCAGUAAACAGCCAUUGGCCCAGUGAGGGCAGCAUAUGUCCUUCACUAAAGGGCAUUCACUGGAGGUCAUUCUUAUUUGUUUUUUUUCCCAUUGGUAGGAUUGAAGUAGUGAGAGAAUGCAGACCUGGUAAUAGGGCAUGAAGUGAACAGUUGCAAAAAGGAACUUAGUUGUUCUCAUUUAAAAAAAGCACAAAGGACACCCAGGAGUAUAAAUCAGCCAUUCAGCCCCUCAAACAUAUUCCACAACUUGCUCUGGCCGUGACAUUGAUUAAACUUCAUCUGAAGCCCCUUGGUUUUAAUUCACGCCCUUGGCUAAUAAUUUCUGUCCCCAAAAAAUAAAAUAGAGCAGAUGCUGGCAAUCUUCAAUAAGCAGUCGAGAAGCUCAGCAGGUCUGGCAGUGUCCAUGCAGAGAGAAAGAGAGGGUUAGAGACAAGAAUGAAGAAGAGUCACACUGGACUCGAAUUGUUAACUCUGUUCCUGUCUACACAGAUGCUGCCAGACCUGCUGAGUUUCUUCAGCAUUCUCUGUUCUUGAUUCAACUCUCUAUCCCAGUUUUCACUGGAACCCCAGCCACAACCAUGUGUUGUCUGGGAGAAGCCACUACUAUACCCACAUGCUGUAUGAAGAAAAGGGGGGAUGGGAUGGGCACAGGGGCAGAGAGCUUUCUGUCUGUGCUCGGGGUGGGUGAAAUUGUUGGAUAACAAGGGAACUGAAUUUCAACUUACAUGAACCUGCAGUCAAUCAGGAGGGGGGGUCUCCAGUUGAAUGGGUUAGGAGUGGUGUAGUGGUAGCGUCCAUAGCUCAGGGCUAGGAGUCAUGGGUUCAAGUCCCACCAGCUUCAGAGGUGUGUUACAGCAAUCUGAACAGGCUGCUUGGAAAUUAUGUACAGCAGCUCAGAUCGGAACAGCACAAUGCAGCUGUCAGACUGAUGAAUAGAUUUUGAUGCAUUUUUGUUGGCUAAUGUCACCAUGGGACAGAAAGCAAAGACAGGUCAAUAGCAUUGAGCUACAAAUCAGCUGGUAUGUUAUAAGUCAUUUCUAAUCAACUUUUUUUCGAGACAGUGCAUUCUGGUCUGAACUCGGGCCUCCUAGCUCAGAGGCAGAGACGCUACCACUGCGCCAUAAGAGCGCUAUCAUUAGAUGUGACAUUGGGGUUCUAAGGGCUUAAACCUGACUUCCACCCGUCCAGAUGAUGGAUAGUUACAGAUCACACUCUUCAGACAGAAUCUCAAACGUACAACUCCGAGUGAUCCGCCCGGCGGUGUUAAAAUGGAACCGGGAGCACGAUGCAAGUUAAAGGGUGGGUUAUCUGUAGAUGUUAUCCUGUGUCUGACAACAUUAAUAAGCGGAGGUUCCUCCCCCUCCAACAGUAAAGGGCUAUUUAAUUGUUGUAUAAUGUCCAGGAACAUGAAGCACUUUGUACAAGGUUAAUUUAUUGCACCGUUAUCCAGACUUUUGACGUUCUGAAAUCCUUUCGAUUCUCGACGUUAGUUUUGUUGUUGUAAUGUAUAGACGUUGUGCUGUUUUGAAACUCAAAAGAUAAUUUAGAUUCUUGUUUCCUUUUGGAACACAUGACCUGGUCUCCUCAAUCUUUCGCUCCGGUCCUUCUGUAAAUUUUAACAGUGUAAUGUAAGAGAAGUUGUUGGCGCGGAAUAUUUGAGUUGAUGGACCGUGGUUUUCCCGUUUAUAGUUAUCUAACGGCGGCUCUCGCUAAACCAGCAGGUCAAUUAUCUAAAUCCAAUUGUAAUCUUCAUUUUGUUUGUAUUUCCCAAUAAAGCAAGACAAAUUGAAUUCAGGAACAUACUAAAUCGUUAAUAUCAGCUCUUUAAGUUAUCCAAUGUUACUUAAAACCAUCGCCAUUAAAACCCGUACUUUCAAAAUAAUGUCACAGUACUGACUGUGGUGGCAUUACUUA